GAGGUGGAGGAGCCCUUCGACCUGACCCGGCACACGAACACGGAAAGCCUGUUCAACGCGCUCAUGUGCACCGUCGAGGGCCACCACCCCGUGCGCUUGGUCCGCAUGUCGUGGCUGCUGCAGCAGCGCGGCUCGGUCCUGAAGAGGCGGGCGGACAAGGAGGCUUUGACAGGGUCGCGCCGAUCAUCGCCAUUUCAUUUUGCGGGGAUGCGCGCGAGCACCCCGACCCCGAUGGGGGUGCAGAUGAAUUUGGUGAUCGACACUUUGGAGCAAGAGCGCGGCAAGUACUCCGAAAUAAAUGUCUUCUUCGACGGGUUCAGCGAGAUGGGCGUGUUCUGGGAUUGGCCCUCGCUCCUGCAGGGCGACCACGACGAGGCCCAGGAGGCGAAGGCCGCCGCCCUGCGGGAGGGCAAAAGCGAAGCGCAUGCCCGGGAGGCCGCGGACGAGGCCAAGCGCACGGCCGCCGAGAAGGCUGCGUUCAAACACGCUUUGCACGAGACGAUGGACCUCUGGUACGCCCACCAGGCCACAACCGUCUUUCUGCUGACGCAGCAUCCCCGGGAGCGGGGCAGCACGCGCGAGUGCGGCUACGACCAGUCGGGCUGGACCACGUACGAGCGGUGCUCCGCGGAGCAGAUCAAGAAUGUGGGUCGCCACGGGGCGCUUUGGUCUGCCGUGGCCGACCUGGGGCAGGGGGCGGGAGCGCCAGCAGCUGGGAGGCGGUGGCCCGUGGGCCCUGACGAGUUUGACCAGCUCAUCGAGGGCAAGACCUUCACCAACGGCGCGGACCGGGAGGCGGUGAAGACGCUCUUCCGCCGGAUGAGCCGCGCGCAGCUGGGCGGCGUGACGAAGCUCGACUUGCGCGGGCUGCCGCCCGCGAGCCCUGGGCAGGCCGCGGGGCUCGGCGCCUGCCUGCGGCUGUGCGCCCGCCUGGAGGAGCUGUUCCUAUGUGGAUGCAAGAUCGGCCCCGCGGGUUGCGAGGCCCUGGCGCGGGCGCUGCCUUCCGUGCGCCGUCUGCAACGCUUGUGCCUGUCGAACAACGGCAUCGGCGGCGCCGGGGCAGAGGCCCUGGCGCGGGCGCUGCCCUCCGCGCCCUGCCUGGAGGGCCUGGACCUGCCGAACAACGGCAUCGGCGGCGCCGGGGCGGAGGCCCUGGCGCUGGCGCUGCCCUCCGCGCCGGUAGAGCUUAUCUGGGGUGACUUGGCGGUCGUGGAGUGGGACUUCUCCGUGGCUGCUUACUCGAGCCUGCUGCGGGAGCUGCGCCAGGUCGCCCCGCCGGAGGAGGGCGAGGGGGCGCGCUUCGACCAGAUCGAGAGGCACGUCACAUCGCCUUCCCCGUGGCGAGAAAAGUUCGCCGACUAUUGCGGCAUCAGCGCGGGCGAGGCCAAGCAGCUGUUGAACCGCCUGGUGCAUCCCCGAGGAGUGGGAACCCAUGUAUUGCCAUGCGUGCUGGAGCUUCGGCAUCAACUGGCUGGGGCAGUUUCCCUGAUCGCGGCGAAGUCCACGCGGUUCCAGCACAUCGCGAACAUGGGACAAACGAAGAGCGCUGAGCACCCCGAGUCCACCGCCAUCGCUCUGUUCCUGCAGGACUCCGAGAAUGCCGCGCUGGGGCAACUCUUGGAUUUCCAGAGCUACCACAACAUCCAGCCCGUGUGCCUGUGCUUCGACGCCGUCUACUUCGUCUCGCCGCCGUUCCUGUUGGCGGGCGACCGGCUGGAGCAGCUCACGCGGGCGGCGUCGGGCGCGAUGUCCGCCGCCGGCGGUGUCCGCAUCAAGUUCACCGGCAAGCGGACUCCACGGGCCGCCGCCGCUGCUGCCAACGAGGCCGUCCACGCUCAGUGCCUGGCAGCAGGGCGCAAUUGCAUUCCGUGGUCGUUCCUCGCGCUGUCCAAGGAUUUCCAUUCGUUGGAUGCCGUGGACAACAACGACCUGCAGUCCCUCGAGCCGGGCGGGUACAUUUUGCACGCUCGCGGGGGCCCUGGCCACGCCACCCCGCUGGCGAUCGCCGCCAACAGCCAGCCCGUGGUUCUACUGCCGGGCGCGGGCGGUGUCCCCGAGCCCUGCGUCGUGGACCUUGCCGCGCAGCGCUGCGACGCCGCCUGGGCGUUCCGCGGCCUCGCGACCGACGGGCGCGACUUGCGCUCGGGCGACGGCCUUCUCGAGAUGGCCCGCGCCGACGACGAGGGCGAGGUCGCGCCCCCCGUAGCCGACGACGAGGACGAGGACGGCCAGGGCGAGGGGGGCGACGACGAGAUGAAGGAGGGGGAGCGAGCGUUCUGGGAGUCGCUGAAGAGGGAGUGUCGGGAGUAUCUGGACCUGCUGAAGGGCGACGGCGCGCUGGAUACCUGCGCGUGCAAGAAGCGCGCGUUCCGGGCGUUUGCGGAGAGGAGAAAACUGGUGCACCAUGUGGAGACAUAUCACACGGAGGAGAGAGGGUACACGGCCGGCAACACGGACGUCCAGCUCAAGAUUGCCCGGGCCAUUUUCAAUCAGCAGAGAGUGUGUUCGAUUCUCCAGCCCGGGGCGCCGCCGGGCGACUUGCUGUCCUCGGCGGCCGCGCUCAUCCGCGACUGGUGCCGGCCAUCCGAGCAGCUGCUCACAGUGCUGAGGCGGUCCAGCGAUCUUCAGCUCGUCACGGUGUGGACAGAGAGCGGGGCCGUGAUGAAGUUGAAGUGCCAGACUGGAGAUGCCUGGCGCAUGGGCGCCAAGGCUUCCAAGGUGUAUUACACGGCCGGUUUCCAGGACUUGAUCGCGUCAAUCGUCUUGCGCCGUAAAUUCCAUCUCGCGACCGUCUCGCAGGACCUCGUGGCGCUCUGGGCGCCGGACAACAAGGCGACGCUGCUGUUCGGGAGGCAG